AUGAUUGAUAGAAUAUUUGAUAAUAUACUCGAUGAAAUACUUGAUGAAAUACUUGAUGAAAUAAUUGAUGAAGUACUUGAAAUAAUUGAUGAAAUACUUGAUGAAAUACUUGAUGAAAUACUGAAUGAAAUUCUUUAUGAAAUACUUGAUAAAAUACUUGAUGAAAUACUUGAUGAAAUACUUGAUGAAAUACUUGAUGAAAUACUUGAUGAAAUAAUUGAUGAAAUACUUGAUGAAAUAAUUGAUGAAAUAUUUGAUGAAAUACUUGAUGAAAUAAUUGAUGAAAUAAUUGAUGAAAUACUUGAUGAAAUAAUUGAUGAAAUACUUGAUGAAAUACUUGAUGAAAUAAUUGAUAAAAUACUUGUUGAAAUAAUUGAUGAAAUACUUGAUGAAAUACUUGAUGAAAUACUUGAUGAAAUACUUGAUGAAAUACUUGAUAAAAUACUUGAUGAAAUAAUUGAUGAAAUACUUGAUGAAAUACUUGAUGAAAUACUUGAUGAAAUAAUUGAUGAAAUACUUGAUGAAAUAAUUGAUGAAAUACUUGAUGAAAUAAUUGAUGAAAUACUUGAUGAAAUAAUUGAUGUAUUACUUGAUGAAAUACUUGAUGAAAUAAUUGAUGAAAUACUUGAUGAAAUAAUUGAUGAAAUACUUGAUGAAAUAAUUGAUGAAAUACUUGAUGAAAUAAUUGAUGAAAUACUUGAUGAAAUAAUUGAUGAAAUACUUGAUGAAAUAAUUGAUGAAAUACUUGAUGAAAUACUUGAUGAAAUAAUAGAUAAAAUACUUGAUGAAAUAUUUGAUGAAAUACUUGAUGAAAUUAUUGAUGAAAUAAUUGAUGAAAUAAUUGAUGAAAUACUUGAUGAAAUACUUGAUGAAAUACUUGAUGAAACAAUUGAUUAA